AUGGCAACGCUCGUCAGUGAUUUUCUGCUUUCUGAGAGUGAGAGGAACCAAGCUGGGGUGAAGAAGAAGAAAGGAAGAAAACGCGGGGACGACACGAACGCGACAAGCCUCGCCCACUACGAACAGGCGCCAGCGGCGUCUUCUGCGGAAAGGACGGACCGGGCGAGCCCAAGAGAGGCCUCCUCGCCCUCGUCGCGACACGCAGUCAGUCCUUACUCCUUUGACGAAGAUCUUGGAGAGGUCUAUUGCCCCGAAAACGACUCUCCAGAGUGCUCCCCUGCAGAUGGGCGCAAGGCUCGCAGACUCGCCUCAGGAGGCGCAGGCGAAGCCUCGGCCGAAACACGAUUCAGUGGCGACCCGGCGACGGCUUCGGCGCCUGAGCCUCUCGCUGCUCUCUCUUUGCCGCGCACCUGCCGCACUUCGUGUUCUUCUCCGCCUCCCUCGCGUUCUUCUUCGUCGCCUGGACUCUUUUCUUCGUCAUCUGGAUCGGCGUCGUCGCCCGCUGCAGGCGAGGCGCGUGAAGCGCAGGGAGGCAGUUCCGGCAAGCGGAAACUCGGGGGAGGCGCCAGCGCGAACUGCGGAGUGUCUGAUGCAGAUGGCUCUUCGGCGAAGCGCACGGGUUCCGGCGAGGGUCUGGCCAUCGCGGCUGCGUCGGCGCAGACGUUUUCGGGGGCCUUGCCGAUCCACGGGUUCGUCGAUGUCGUCCGCGAUGCAGUGUCCCGACACCAGGUCACGUUGAUCGUGGGAGACACCGGGAGUGGGAAGACGACGCAAGUCCCUCAGUUUCUGCACCACUUUGGGCUGACGCGAAAGGGCGUAGUCGCCGUGACGCAGCCCCGUCGGGUGGCGGCGGUGUCGCUUGCGCGCCGCGUGUCUGAGGAACUCAGUGGACAACCGGGAAAAACAGGAGACUGUCUGGGCGGCUUCGUCGGGUACUGCGUCCGGUUCGAAGACCGAACGAGUCCAGAGACGCGAAUCAAAUUCUUGACAGACGGCAUGCUGGUUCGCGAGGCCAUGCUCGAUGAAACGCUGUCGCAGUACUCAGUCAUUGUGCUCGACGAGGCCCACGAACGCUCGCUCCGAACAGACAUUCUCCUGGGGUGGAUGAAGCGGCUGCUGCCGAAAAGAAAGGAUUUGAAGGUCGUUGUCAUGUCUGCUACACUCGACACCGAAAAGUUCAUGGGCUACUUCCCCGGCGCAACGGCAGUCCUCGUUCCUGGACGCCAGUUCCCUGUCGAGCUCCUGUACACCCCGGAACCCGAAGCCGACUACAUCGACGCAGCGCUCGUCACAGUCUUGCAAAUCCACACCCGCUACCCUCCGGGAGACAUUCUUGUCUUUCUCCCUGGCCAGGAAGACAUCGAGAGUCUCCAGUCGCUUCUGGAAGGGAAGCGUGACCUUCUCCGGAAGGCCCUUUGCAUGGCUGCCAGUCGCGACGCACGGCGUGCAGACAGCCAAGACAGCUCGCUGACGGCGAGCGCAAGGCAAACAACGACUCGGAUGGGUUUUGCGCCUUCUGCGAGACGAGGAGUGGAACUUCGAAUCGGAGAAGACACCUCACCUAUAGACCAGUUGCCGCCGUGCCGCGAUCUCCAAAUCUGUCCUCUCUUUGCUGCGCUUCCCUUUGAUCUACAAAAGGCCGUUUUCACUCCUGCUCCUGCGGGAGUCAGAAAGGUGAUUGUAGCCACAAAUAUAGCAGAGACGUCCAUUACGGUCCAGGGUAUCCGCUACGUCGUGGACAGCGGGCUCGCCAAGGCGAAAUGCGUCAACCACCGCACAGGCGUGGAAGCGCUGGUGAUCGAGGAGAUUUCGCAGGACGCCGCCAAGCAGCGGGCCGGUCGAGCAGGCAGAGAAGCUCCUGGUGUGGUUUUUCGUAUGUACACCGAGGACACUUUCAACAAGUUCCACCCUCGGAAAGUUCCGGAGAUCGUCACGUGCGACCUGGACCAAGUGUUCUUGGAGCUCAAGACACUAGGGAUCGAAAAUCCGCUGGAGUUCCCCUUCCUCGACUCUCCGCCGAAAGAAGCUUUCGUGAACGCUGGGCGCACCUUGCACCGGCUCGAAGCCGUCGAUUCCCGUGGACAACUUACAGUGCUGGGGCGAAAACUUGCUGCGUUGCCGCUGAAGCCCAUACUCGGGAAACUCCUCCUCGACUCUGUCGCUUUUGAGUGCACUGCGGAGAUUCUCUCCAUCGUCGCCAUGCUGUCGACAGAUUCGCUAUGGUACAGUUACCGUAAUCUGCCAGCCGACAAGUCGAGUCGUCUGCAACAGGCGCGCAAACGCCUUUCCGACAACCAAGGUGAUCAUUUAACCCUCCUCAACGCCUACACACAAUGGGAUGAGGCGACAGACAAAAUAGCCUUCUGCAAGGAAUAUGGUCUGCACCACAAUGCACUGCUUCGGGCAAAACAGAUCCGGUCCCAACUCGAAGAGCUUCUCCUUUCAUCGCAAAUUGGAGUCAAGAAUGUCGCUAAGAAUGGUGCAGGAGAUACAAGGACAAAGAUCCGGCAAUGCCUGGCGGCGGGGUGUUGGCUGCACACUGCCAGGUUGCAACGAGACGGAAGAACAUACGUCACGACCGUUGAGCGGGAAACGGCGAAGGUGCAUCCGUCAUCUGUCCUGUCCGGGCAGAAGUCUUUGCCAUGCAAGAAGCACCGCAUUUGGGCACCGUCACAGAACCCUGCGGCUGACAAGCGCUGGUCCUGA